AUGCUUCUUGAUUACAAAAGGAUGAAGAAAGGGAAGGACUCAGGCAAGGGUCCGCCCCCCAAGGCGAAUGGCAAGUCCACCACCCCUCCGACCACUCCUGCAAAGAGUCGGGGGGGCAUAACUGUUAUGAACCGCAGCGGAACCCCGCCUCCUAGUGGGGGCAUCACACUUAUCGGCAAAAAGGCAGAGGGUUUGACGCUGAUUGGCAAAAAUGCGGAAGCAAACGGGGGGAUCACCCUGAUUGGAAAGAAGGCUGAGCAGAACGGUGUGCCCACUCCAAUUGGGAAGAAAGCCGACACUACUGCGGGGAUAUCGUUGAUCCGCAAGUCCCAAUCAAGCAACGAGCUGCCCCCACAAGGCUUGCCGCCGUCUGGGCGGCCAGCUUCGCAAGCCUCCUCCUCAGGGAACGCUCCGGAGGUGGCCCUUGUUCGCAGAUCUCACUCAGCAACUGACAUUGCGGCCCAGGAGAUGGAAGAGCUCCGGCUUUACUCAGAAGAGGAGGUCCAGGACACUGCCAAGAUGUGGGUGCACCUCACGGAGGGGGCCUCUGUUGGCGAGCGCCAAGGGGCGGCAGCGGCGCUGGCGGGGCAAGUGAAGGCCAACGGGAUUGCGUCCCUUGAGGCUGGUGGCCUGGUUGCCAAGAUUGCGGAGGGCCUGCAGGACUCCAAGAACCCGCUGGUGCGCGAGGGCUCCCUGCGCUUCAUCCGCACGCUAAGCGAGGUCAAGGGGAGCGCGGUGGAGCCAGUGGUGGUGCCUAUGCUGCCCCAGGUGCUGAUGUUGUACUGCGACAAGUGGGUAGGUGUCCGGUCCGCUGCCGAGGCCGCUGCCACGGAGGUGGUUCGCAAGCUGAACAAGCACGCGGUCAAGGCUACCCUGCCCAUUUUCUUUGACGCCAUGGAGAGCCCCAAGUUCUGGCAGGCCCAGGAGGGCAGCCUGAAGCUGAUUGGGCUGCUGGCCGAGACUGCGCCCGACCAGCUGCGGGCCGCCCUGCCGGAGGUGGUUCCCCGCGUGUCCAACUACGUGGCAGACGGCAAGAAGCAAGUCAUGGAGGCAGCAUAUGCAGCUUUGGACGCGUGCUUCAGCAUCGUGGGCAACCGCGACAUCGCCCACGUCAUCCCGGACCUGGUCAGCUGCGUUGCGAGGCCGGGCGAGGUCCCGCAGACCGUCCACAAGCUGUCCGGAACCACGUUCGUACAGACGGUGACGUCAUCGACACUGUCGGUGCUGGUGCCGUUGCUGGUGCGGGGGCUUAAGGAGCGCACGACGCUGGACAAGCGGCGAACCGUGGUGGUCAUUGAGAACAUGAGCAAGCUCGUCAAGGACGCCGUUGACGCAGCGCCCUUCAUCCCGCAGCUCCUUCCAGGCUUGGAGAAGGUGUCCAACGAGGUGGCGGACCCCGAGUGCCGCGAGCGCGCGGGCGUGGCGCACAGCGUGCUCUUCAACAUCGACAAGGAGGCCAAGGCCAUCAUGAACGACCCCGAGAACCAGGCGCGCAGCAUCGAGCCCGCUGCCGUCAUCGCCGCCCUCAAGGAAGUUCUUCCCCCUGACACUGGGGCCGCUGCGCCGGACCUCUUUGCAAAGACGCUGGAUUACGUGGCGGCGCUGUGUGUUCUCCUGCUCAAACACAAGUCGAUCGAGUUUGAAGAGUGGUCUGGCACGGUGAGCCCGUACCUGGCGCCGUACGUGGGCAGCAUGUCGGAGGCGGAGAAGGCGACCCGCGCGCUGGUGAAGAAGCUGGAGGGCGAAGCGGACGACGACAGCGAGGAGGAGCAGGACGACGAGGAGGGGGAAGACCUCUGCAACGUCAGGUUCAGCCUGGGCUACGGUGGCAAGAUCCUGCUGAACAACUCGCGGCUGCACCUGAAGCGCAACCGGCGGUACGGCCUGUGCGGGCACAACGGGUGCGGCAAGUCGACGCUGAUGAAGGCCAUGGCCAACGGCAAGCUGGACGGAUUCCCGCCCCCGGACGAGCUGCGGACGGUGUACGUAGCGCACGAUCUGGACGCGUCCGAAGCGGACCAGUCGGUCGUCGACCUGCUGGCGACCGACCCCCUCAUCAAGGGAGUCUCUCGAGAGGAGAUCUGCCGAGUGCUGUCGACGAUGGGCUUCGACGAGGAGCGCCAGCAGCUGACCAUUGCGGCCCUGUCAGGAGGGUGGAAGAUGAAGCUAGCGCUCGGGCGAGCCAUGCUCAUGAAGGCAGAUAUCUUGUUGUUGGACGAGCCGACGAACCACAUGGACGUGACAAACGUGGCGUGGCUCGUGAACUACUUGACGACCAUCCAGGGCGUGUCGAGCAUCAUCGUGAGCCACGACUCGGGCUUCCUGGACAAUGUGUGCACUGACAUCAUCCACUACGAGAAGCGCAAGCUCGUGCGCUACAAGGGCAACCUCUCCGAGUUCGUCAAGCAAAAGCCUGAGGCGCGCGCGUACUACGACCUGAACGUGGUGACGCUCAAGUUCGUGUUCCCGGCGCCAAAGGCGCUGGACGGCAUCCUGCGGCGCGACAUGCCCAUCGUACGGCUCAAGGGCGUCGAGUUCACGUACGACAGCGCGGAGCGGCCGCAGCUGGAGGACGUGAACGUGCAGUGCAACAUGGAGAGCCGGGUGGCCGUGCUGGGGGCCAAUGGGGCGGGCAAGUCCACGCUCAUCAAGAUCCUCACCGGGCAGUUCCAGGCGCAGAAGGGGACGGUGUGGCGGCACCCGAACCUGGGCAUUGCGUACGUGGCGCAGCACGCGUUCCACCACGUGGAGGAGCACCUGGAGAUGUCGCCCAGCCAGUACAUCUGCUGGCGCUACGAGACGGGCGAGGACAAGGAGGAAAUGAACAAGGUGACGCGGCGCAUCAGCAAGGAGGAGCAGCGGCAGAUGGAGAAGAUGGUGAUCAUCCGGGGGGAGAAGCGCAACGUGGAGAAGCUGGUCGGCCGCCGAAAAUAUAAAAAGACGUAUGAGUACGAGGUCAAGUGGAAGGACAUGCACCCGGUGCACAACGCGUGGAUGACGCGCGCGAUGCUGGAGGAGAUGGGCUUCCAGAAGAUGAUCCACGAGGUGGACGCGCAGAUGGUCGCCAAGCUGGGCCUCUACAACCGGCCGCUCACCAUCGCCGGCGUGCAGCAGCACCUCUCCGACUUCGGCCUCGAGCCCGAGUUCGGCACCUACGGCCAGAUCAAAAACCUCUCAGGUGGACAGAAGGUGAAGGUGGUGUUGGCAGCCGCCAUGUGGGCCAACCCGCACAUGAUCGUGCUGGACGAGCCCACCAACUACUUGGACCGGGAGGCCCUCGGCGCGCUGGCUUCCGCUCUCAAAGAGUACCAGGGUGCGGUGGUGGUUAUUUCGCAUAACCACGACUUCGUAUCGUCGGUCUGUACCGAGGAGUGGCAUGUCGGAGGCGGCAAAGUGAUUGCGGAGGGCAACCCGGCAUACGAGGCGGCAAAGGAGAAAGCAGGCAAGGAGGCGAAGAAGGCAGCGGAGAAAGCGGAGAAGGAGGCGAAAAAGGCAGCGCGAUAAUAGCCUAGAGUGUUUUACGCCGCUAUAUGCUGCAGCUUUCCAAAGAUGCAAGUGUCCGUGUUUUGGAGGGCACUUCCAAUAUGGGGUGGGGUGGGACUGAUGCUUCCGAGUUCGUUAACAUUCUUUGCUCCGCCAGCGCAUCAAGGAUACUGGGGGGCUGUUGCACGAAUAAUGUAGAGCUAGUAAACGCUUUCGCUGGAGACAGGUCGUUAAAUCGCCCCUCCGUUGGUCCACAAAUCAAUAGCAGGGGCUGAGUCAUCAUCAGUGUCAGGUUAUAAGAAAUGGUUCUUUGCUAGCUUCACAAUGCAUACAGUAACGGCAACAUAGAAACUUGACCGCUAAGUGAUUCUCAUAGAACUGCAGUCGAUAUUGCUCCACCUUGCUUACGGUCUUCAUAUGAGUUAUAGUUAUGGGAUAC